GAGAGGCUCUGGGAUUACUGAACAAGCGGCCACACUUAUUUUUAAUGCAUAUCUGAGACUUCAAAAAAUUAAAAAUUGAAACCGAGUCUCCUGCUUCGAUGCUAAAGCUAUUUUGCCCAGCAGUAGAUUAGGAUCAGGUUAGGUUGUUACUGAAUCGCGGCUUACUAAUUUACAGUAUUUUGCUAAUACAAGGUCAAUUUUGAAAUCUAUUUUGGGAUCAUUUGCCAGUUAUUUAGAGUAUGCGUCGAUCUGACGUUGAUUGUUUUCACCGGCUUAAGACCGAGAAGUGUGGCAGGUGACUGGGUUAGCACAGCCAGCCACCAGGCGGAGGAGGAGACAGGUGGUGUUAGCCCUUGUUGGGCUGCCCUGCCCACUGAGCACGUUCACACCACCGCUGGAGUGGCCACCUGCGGGCCAGACCCAACCGGAAUUGAAAAGAACAAAGCUACUCUCAAACCAUGAAUUAUGUGGGCCAGCUGGCUGGGCAGGUGCUCGUCACUGUGAAGGAACUCUACAAGGGCAUUAACCAAGCCACUUUGUCUGGGUGCAUCGAUGUUGUCGUGGUGCGACAGCAGGAUGGCACCUAUCAGUGCUCACCUUUUCACGUGCGCUUUGGGAAGCUGGGAGUCCUGAGAUCCAAGGAGAAAGUGAUUGACAUAGAGAUCAACGGCAGUGCAGUGGAUCUUCAUAUGAAAUUGGGUGACAAUGGAGAAGCCUUCUUUGUAGAGGAGACUGAAGAAGAAUAUGAGAAACUACCUGCUUAUCUUGCCACUUCACCAAUUCCUACUGAAGACCAGUUUUUUAAAGAUAUUGACAACCCUUUGGUGAAAUCAAGCAGAGAUGAAAAACCAUCUCAGAGCCCAGAUACUUCUCACACCUUGGAAACAGAGACAGUUUUUGCUCCAAGUUCUGUGAAAAAGAAGAAACGAAGGAGAAAGAAGUGCAAGCAGGACAAUAGAAAGGAGGAACAGGCGGCUUCUCCUGUCACAGAAGACGUAUGUGAUGUGGGUGUGAGCUCUGAUGAUGAGAAGGGAGCCCAGACAGCAAGAGGAUCUUCAAAUGCUUCCUUAAAGGAAGAAGACUAUAAGGAGCCUCCACUCUUCCGUUCCGGGGAUCACUAUCCCUUAUCUGAUGGAGAUUGGUCCCCAUUAGAAACCACUUAUUCCCAGGCAAUGUGUCCUAAGAGUGAUUCAGAGUUGGAGGUGAAGCCCGCUGAGAGCCUGCUCAGAUCUGAGUCUCACAUGGAGUGGACUUGGGGCGGGUUCCCAGAGUCUACCAAGGUCAGCAAAAGAGAAAGAUAUGACUGUCACCCAAGGACAGCUACAAUUACACCAUCGGAAAACACUCAUUUUAGGGUCAUUCCCAGUGAAGACAGCCUCAUAAGAGAAGUUGAGAAGGAUGCUACUGUUGAAGAUACUAUCUGUACCAUAGUGAAGCCCACACCCAGAGCCCUGUGUAAGCAGCUGAGUGAUGCAGCUUCUGCUCAACUUCCUGAACUGCCUCUUGAGGCUCCUCAGACUUCAUCUAUGUUAGAUGCAGACCAUGUUCCCAGUCCGUCCUCAAUAGAAGCUCCCACAGAAUCCAAACCAGCUGCUAAAGUAGACUCACCAACAAAGAAGAAAGGUGUCCACAAAAGAAGUCAGCACCAGGGACCUGACGACAUUUACCUUGAUGACUUGAAAGCUCUCGAGCCUGAAGUGGCAGCUCUCUAUUUCCCUAAAAGUGACACCGAUCCUGGUUCCCGGCAAUGGCCUGAAUCUGACACGUUCUCUGGCUCUCAGUCCCCACAGUCUGUGGGAAGUGCAGCUGCAGACAGUGGCACCGAGUGCCUCUCAGACUCUGCCAUGGACUUGCCUGAUGUCACUCUCUCCCUCUGUGGAGGCCUCAGUGAGAAUGGAGAGAUUUCUAAAGAAAAGUUCAUGGAGCAUAUCAUCACUUACCAUGAGUUUGCAGAAAACCCUGGCCUUAUCGACAACCCGAACCUUGUAAUACGGAUAUAUAACCGUUACUACAACUGGGCUUUGGCUGCUCCCAUGAUCCUUAGCUUGCAAGUAUUCCAGAAGAGUUUACCUAAGGCCACGGUCGAGUCCUGGGUUAAAGACAAGAUGCCAAAGAAAUCUGGUCGGUGGUGGUUUUGGCGCAAGAGAGAAAGCAUGACCAAACAGCUACCAGAGACCAAGGAGGGAAAAUCUGAGGUCCCGCCAACAAAUGACCCACCUUCCAGUGCUGAGGGGUCGGCCAGGCCUGCAGAGAAUGAUACUUCUAGUGAUGAGGGGUCGCAGGAGUUGGAAGAAACAAUCAAAGUUGAUACCAUCUCCAUGGAGACACUGAGUCACUGUAGCACAGCUUCAUAUAAGAAGUCUCUCCGACUCUCCUCGGACCAGAUAGCAAAAUUGAAGCUCCUUGACGGCCCCAAUGACGUUGUAUUCAGUAUCACAACCCAGUAUCAGGGUACCUGUCGCUGUGCGGGUACCAUUUACCUGUGGAACUGGAAUGACAAAAUCAUCAUUUCUGACAUUGAUGGAACAAUAACCAAAUCUGAUGCUUUGGGACAGAUUCUCCCACAGCUGGGUAAAGACUGGACUCAUCAGGGUAUAGCGAAGCUCUACCAUUCUAUCAAUGAGAACGGUUACAAGUUUCUAUACUGUUCUGCACGCGCCAUUGGCAUGGCCGACAUGACCCGAGGCUAUCUGCACUGGGUCAAUGACAAGGGCACCAUCUUGCCCCGAGGCCCUCUGAUGCUGUCUCCCAGCAGUCUGUUCUCUGCCUUCCACAGGGAAGUGAUAGAGAAGAAACCAGAGAAGUUCAAAAUUGAGUGUCUGAAUGAUAUUAAGAACCUGUUUGCCCCGUCCAAGCAGCCCUUCUACGCUGCCUUUGGAAACCGUCCUAAUGAUGUCUAUGCUUACACACAAGUCGGAGUUCCAGACUGUAGGAUAUUCACCGUGAACCCAAAGGGUGAAUUAAUACAAGAAAGGACCAAAGGAAACAAGUCAUCGUAUCACAGGCUGAGUGAGCUUGUGGAACAUGUGUUCCCACUUCUCAGUAAGGAACAGAAUUCUGCUUUUCCAUGCCCAGAGUUCAGUUCCUUCUGUUACUGGCGAGACCCAAUCCCUGAUGUGGACCUGGAUGACCUAGCUUGAACGACUAUACGGCUAUAUGCCUCCCAACAGGGAAAGUAACUGGCCUCUUACAGAUGAAGACCCCGGAGCCUGCAGUCAGGAACCUGCUCUCCAGAACAGGGACAGGGUCCCCGGAGCUGGCACUGCUGCCCCCUCACCUCCCCAGGCACCACUCAGCCCCUGGCGGAGGUCCAAGCCUGAGCUCCAUCAUGUGGGGUUCCUCACGUGCUUUCUGUGGAGCUGUGUGCUGCGCCCCUUGGCUGCGAGACUUAGAAUGGCAGAGAUAAGAAACUGAACAAGAAUGAACCAGCGCAUUACUACACAGUAAAGAGUUAAAAUUUCCACUGCUCAGUUGAUCGUUUCUCUCUGUAACCAGGCUUUCUCCAGAAGUCCGGUUAGUGUUGCUGGCUACGUGUUCAUGUCCCCCUUGGGACACUUCUGCUCUUGGUCACUGAACUAGGACAACCGCUUCAUGUGCCAAGAUGGGAGCCCAGCAACUGUGUGCCAGCACCAUGAUCCCAGCUCGACCAGCAUGGGCUUUUGAGGAGAGAGUACCUGGCAUCAUCUCCUCACCUGUGCUGCUUCCCAGGGAGAAAGAAGCCGAUUGAGUUACUGCUCUACCCUAGUCAGAAGAACAAGUGCACAUUUUAUAUCUGGAGUAAUCAGGAGAAAUUGGUUUGAAAUACAGAAAAGGCAACAGCUUUGCCUCCCAAGUGUAGAAAGGCAACUGCACUGGGUCCUAGGAGUCACCCUUUCCUCUGACACUGUCAUCUGGCUCAAGUGGCCCUGGUGAGUAGGUAUUUCAGGAAAGGACUGUGGAGAGCCAGCACCGCAGCAGCAGCACCGGCCCAUUGUCCAGUUCACACGGUUGAUACUGCGGAUGAGGCCUCUGGGGAUGUGGGCGCCUCUGCAUUCUCUUGGCAGCAACAUGCACUGGCCUAGUUAAACUCUCUUGUCAAAUGUCAGGACAGAUGUGACAGGGAGAGUUACGUCCUGGACUCUCCACAGCCUAUGAUCAACAGGGUGUGGACGGUCACUGCAGUGCAAACAUGGCGAGAAGUGUUGGCGGAAGGCGUCCCGGGACCUUCACUGGGUCUUGGGACAGCCCUCCUCUUGGACGGUGGAAAUGAAGGCUUCUCAGCAGAGCAGGCACUGCAGAGAAAGAUGGUUCCACUUCCAGCCCUCACCCCUGCAGCUGGAUGACUGGCCUUGUCACAGUGUUUCAGUUUGCUUCACCCAAAAUAACACUCACCUAGAGUCGGAUUAGAAAGGGGUGGUUAUUUUCCAGAUUGGAGAGUUGAGUGUCCCUGCCUCGAUUCAGUAUUGCAGUUGAAUGCAGAGACCAUGUAACAUUCUUUAAUAGAAGAAAAAACCCUUUGAACAUAGUUCUCAGUGGCAGAACCACUGGAGGCAAUGCUCACAGAGAGGGGGCAGUGCAGGCUUCCACAGUGUUGGCCUCGCUUGUUUGUGUUAGGUGUAGGGAAACUCAGUUGUUUAUGUGAAAUUCUUCCCAGGCAGUGAAGUAAGAUGUGUAGAGCAGCCCCCUGAUGCUGUCAAGGUCUCAGCACCGCCUGGGAUUUAGCACCCUUUGGAUUUAGCACCCUUUGGUUUCUGGAGUUGGAGUUGUGUGCACUUACCCUGCGCUUAGUAGAGUCUCUGUGGUACAGAAAAUCUCAUCGUGUUUCCUCAGACAGCUUCAGUUUAUCCUUUGUGGAGUCUGCCUCAGCAGCCUGUUUCCUUUCCUUGACAAACUCUUUUCUUUGGACACAUGGGCCUUUUCAGAGGGCCCAGCUUAGGUUGUGGGGCUCCUGGCCUGUGCUGAUCUUCUCCCCAUGUCCAUUAGCCCUGCACUUGUCACUACAAAUUGAUCAGUGGGUAUUUAGGCUAAUGAAUGUAACUCUUUUUCCUUAUUUAAAGGAGUCUUCUUGCUGAAAGUAGAUGAUUACUAUUGCUGUAGUGUUCUGAAGUAUUAGGUUUGUGCUGAAAAUCCAUUGCCAUUUGUUACAAAUGACAUUUGUUCUUUCUGUGAAAGAGAGAUGCCCUCAAGUGUGUUUGCACGCAAACCCAUAGAUGGCUUGUUGCAGUCUCUCCCUUGUCGCCAGUGGCAGGUGAUGCUGAUGGGGCACUGUUGGCAGAUGGGCCUCAGAGUCACUGUCAGCCUUGCCCUCUGUCCUCCAGCUCACUCUGACUUGAGUGUUGAAGCACUGUUGUAGAACUGGUGGCUGCUCUCCCUCCAUCAGGCUGUGUAGGAUGCACACUUAGCCCUGUGAUCAGGACUGCACUUCCUGUGGUCUAGCCCAUCUGCAUAGUUUCAGUUGGAAAGAAACAUACUAUUGUGGUGACCCAAAACUAAAGCUGCUAAAAAUCAUGGAAUGAACAAGGACCAGAGCUGAGUGGCAGGGAGACUCUGUCCUUGCAGCCCCUUUGCCCUUCUGCAGUGCUGCUGAAGCACAGCAUCUGAGAGAGAGGAACGGUUAGGACGACGGGAACACCUUCUCCUUUUGCAGUUGAUUGCUGCAGGGAACUUGCAGCGUUAUUGUGUAGCUCUGGGACACUUCGUUUCUGAGCCUGAGAGCAUGCUGCGAUUUAUUUAAAACCGGGUGAAGUAAGUGCUCUUUCCAGCACUUUGAUUCAUUUUGAUUUGAAGGCAGAGGAAAGAUUGCUCUUUUCAUAAUUGUGUUCAGCUGAUGACAUUUGAUAAUCAGACAGCAUUGUCACUAAGCAGUUUAGGUUGUGUAAUUGUAAACACCGGCGCCGUGCCUCAGUCAUGGUAAAGAUAUCUUCAGAUGAACGGCUCAUAUUUUGGUGCAGUGUUUGAUGUUCACAACAAAAUGUUACAAUAAUAAACUAACACAAACCGAG